CCUGCUCUCCUGCUUCGCACCCCUACAGCUCCGUGCUGGCUGCAGCAGGGCUGAGUCACACAAGACAUGCUCUAGAGAAAAGCGUCGCCUCCAGCCCAUUUCUUGGAAUCUAAUAAAAAAAAUCCCAGAAAUGUUGCAACACAUUCGCUGCUUCUGCCACACCGCCACAUCUCUGCAGCACGUGUGCACCAGAGCUGCUCCAGGACCACGCUAUGCCCCCUGCACACCAGGUCUCCUGCCUUCAAAGCCCUCUUUGCUCUCACAACGCUGAGGACAUGCUGUCGAAUAACAUCCCCUACACAAUCAAAGCUUUGGAUAAAAGGAGCUUUGUGCUUCCUGAUCGCAUCACGACAGACCUUUCUUCCCUGAGCAAAUGUAUUCCAUGGACGGUUUAUUCCCAGCAUCCCUCUGACAGCCACGGCUCAGCCUGCCAGACCUCAGUCCCUUCUGCAGGGUAUGGGAACCUUCAAGAGGAAUGCAUGCUCCAGGUGUUUCAUACCUUUGACUCACAAUAGUUCCAUUCUCCAUCAUGCUCAGGUUCUGCAGCUCUCCAGCUCAGCUAGCUUCAUUAGCUUCAUUAAUUUCUCCCCAUUGUCUCUUAGAAGCUGCUCUUUCCAAAUGAGGAACCCCUCCCAGCAACUUCAGAUCCAAUUUUGCCUUCCCAUUUAAUUUAUACACAAUCCACUCACGAUCACUUGACCGGUGCUAAUUUUCCAUGGCCAGCUCCUACAUGUCCUGCACCUCAGAAGUCUGCAAUCCCAUCCCCUCCGGGCACUGCGCAGCCACUCUGUGAGCUUUAUGGGCUACAGCACCCCGGGAUACAUGGCCGUUACCAUCAUUAACAACCUUUGAUCUCCACUUGACACAGACAAAGUCAAAGCCUCCCCUAACCGCUUCUCUCUUUAGCAGCCCCAAGAUCCCAAGCCCCAUCCAAACCCAAAGCUGGGGGUUUCCUAUAGUGCUCAGAGGAACCUUUCCAUUCCCCCGUGUCAACAGCAUUCGGAGGGUCAGAGCACUGCCAGUGAGGGACCUGGAGGUCUCGGGCGGAGGAGGCAGUAGAGGAAUGCCAAGCACCUUUUCCCAUGUAUAUGUUCUUGCACACACAUGCAUGGGUUUGUAAUUUGAAACUCUCUUUACUUCUGGACAGGCUUUGCAAACUGCUUAGACCACAUUCUCUGAGGUGUUUAAAGAGGGUGGAGUAUGCAGUAUUUAUUUAGGUACUCUACAAACCUUAAUAAGAAUCGAGUGCUUGUAGCGAUCGCAGAGAACAAACAGAGAGCCAGCUGGCAGGAGCUGAGCGCUGCCACUGCGCUUUGAUUGCUUCUAACACCAAAAACCAGAGUAGUACUUUAAAAAAAAAUGGCUUUCUUAAUUUCUUUUAUCUCCGAUCCUGUAUUAAUGGGUCUGCUGUGUGCAGCAGUGCUGUUAGCUGUGCUCUAUUUUUCAACCGGCUCUAAAAAUGCAACGUUUAAAUUGCCUCCUGGUCCAACUCCUCUUCCGAUCAUUGGUAACCUGCAUUUGGUGGACAUCAGAAGGCAAGAUAAGUCACUAAUGAAGCUUGCGGAAGAAUACGGCCCGGUCUUCACCCUCCAUUUUGGCUUCCAGAAAGUUGUGGUCCUGACUGGGUACGAAGUUGUGCGGGAGGCGCUUGUGAACUACACAGAGGAGUUUGUAGACAGACCAUCCAUCCCAAUAUUUGACCAAAUUCAGAAUGGAAACGGUGUGUUCUUUUCCAUCGGCGAUCUGUGGAGAACAACGCGCAGGUUCACCGUUUCCAGCAUGCGCAACCUCGGCAUGGGGAAGCAGAUGAUGGAGGGGAAAGUUUGUGAGGAGCUUCACUUUCUCAUUGAGAAGAUCAAAUCCUUCAAAGGGGAACCUUUCAGCCUGAGGUCCUUCAGCAUCGCUCCGAUCAACAUCACCUUCCUCAUGCUCUUUGGGGACAGGUUUGAUUAUAAGGACCCAACAUUUCUCACUCUCCUAAGACUCAUAGAUGAAGUUAUGGUUCUUCUGGGAUCUCCAUACUUGAAUUAUUUCAAUUUCUACCCAUUCCUUGGAUUUCUUUUCAAAACUCACAAGAUUUUGCUUAAGAAAAUAGAAGAUGUGCGUGUUAUUAUAAGGCAGUACAUGAAGGCGAGCAGGGAAGAUAUCAAUGAGAACAGUGUGAGGAGCUACACUGAUGCACUGGUAUUCAAGCAGCACGAGGAGAAAAACAAGAAAGACAGCCUCUUCCACGAUGACAACUUAAUAGCAUCCAUACUUGACCUGGUCAUGGCGGGCACAGAGACCACAGCCACCACGCUGCAGUGGGCCAUCCUACUGAUGAUGAAAUACCCAGAGAUCCAAAAAAAAGUGCAGGAGGAGAUUGGAAGAACUGUCAAAGCUGGAAGCUGGGCCACGUACGAGGACCGCAAGAACAUGCCAUUCACAAACGCGGUGAUCCACGAAGUGCAGAGGUUCAUCACCCUCCUGCCCCACGUUCCCCGCUGCACUGCUGUGGACACCCACUUCAGGGGAUACUUCCUUCCCAAGGGUAUAAUUGUCAUCCCAUCGCUCACCUCAGUGCUGCUGGAUAAGACGCAGUGGGAGACACCACACCAGUUCAACCCCAACCACUUCCUUGAUGCUGAAGGGAAUUUUGUCAAGAGGGAGGCUUUCCUGCCCUUCUCCACAGGGCGAAGGAACUGCAUUGGAGAAAGCCUCGCCAAGAUGGAGCUGUUUGUCUUCUUUGUAGGGCUGCUGCAGACAUUCACUUUCCGACCUCAGCAGGGAGUUUCAGAGGCUGACCUGGACCUGACUGUCCCCGAAACGACUUUUACAUUAAGGCCUCGGCCUCAGGCGACCUGUGCCAUCCUGCGGGAAUAGCCAGGGCCUGCUGCGGCGCGGC